UGCAGCUUUCGCCCCUCUAACAGGAAGAGAGAGAAACAGCGAGCCUACAGCCAGACAGAGCAGGAGCGGCUAUUAGUUUUAAGAGCGAUGUGAAGCAGAUUGAGACUCUCUGAAUCUGCCCUCAUGCUGAUCUCCUGCUGAAGAGCACUGGGGACCAAAUAACCUGGGUUAGGAACCGAGGAACACACAAGUCUUGGAAAGGAUGUUUUCCCCCCAGCCGUGGCACCAUGGCAAUAUCACUCGGUCUACAGCAGAGGACCUCCUCUCCAAAGCAGGCAAGGAUGGUAGCUUCCUCCUGCGGGACAGCGAAUCCAUACAGGGAGCUUAUGCCCUCUGUGUUCUGUACCAGAACUGUGUGUAUACCUACAGAAUAUUACCAAACGAUGACAAAAAACUAUCAGUCCAGGCAUCAGAAGGAGUGCCUAUUCGGUUCUUUUCUGCUCUGCCAGACCUGGUGGAGGCGUAUUAUAAGGAGAACAUGGGUCUGAUCACACAUCUUCAGUAUGCAGUGCAGAAGGAGGAGGAGCCGCCAGAGGAGGAACCAGAGCCUCUUAGUUUGCCACCUCAGCUGCCACCCAGGAAUAUCUUCAGUAAUGACAGUAAGGAGAGUCACAGUGACCCACCCAGAGGGACUGAUAGGGGGACAGAACCUACACGUCCCUCCAUCUCAGACACCUACUUCCAGCGCUUGCAGCAAAUCGACAUAUCCAAUCUACCAGAAGACCAUCAGAAAUCCAUCCAGGAUUAUUUCCGAGCAUCUGUUUGCCUAGAUGCAGAACAGGUCCAGAAUGGGAACCUGACUCUCCCUCACUUUAAAAAGCUCACACAGAGCAUCUGCAAAAACCUAAACAGUGAAAUUGCUCGAACACUUCCGAGUUUUGAGGCACUUCAGAAAGUUUUGGAUCAACCACUGUCUCCUGGAGCUGGGAGGUUAAGAACUCAGCUCUCUGCUGAUGCAAAUCCAUCCGUGGCUUUCAGACUGGAGCAACUGACUAAGCUUAUACAAUCAAUAGAAGACAAGACCAAGAAUGCUGUGUUCGAAUUUUCGGGAUAUGAUGGAGGCCACAGAAAUUCACUUAUUCCUCCUGUGACGUUUGAAGUAAAAAGUGACUCCCUUGGUAUUUCGAACAAAAUGUACCUCAAAGUAGACGUGGAAGGUGGCAAGGUUUACUUCAAGAAGUCCAAAGAUGGACCUGAGGAUAAAUAUUUUGUGCACAAUAAAAUCUUGCAGUUGGUGAAGUCACAGAAGAUGCACAACAGACUAGUAUUGGUGGUAGAGACAGAGAAAGGCAAAACUCAGAGCAAAGACUUUGUCUUUGAUGACACAAAGAAGAGAGAAGGCUUUUGCCAGCUUCUUCAGCAGAUGAAGAAUAAGCACUCAGGAAAACCUGAGCCGGAUAUGAUCACCAUCUUUGUUGGCACUUGGAACAUGGGAAAUGCUAAUCCACCACAAAACAUCACUUCUUGGUUCCAGUCAAGGGGUCAGGGGAAAACCCACGAUGACACAGCCAAUCAAAUCCCACAUGACAUCUAUGUAAUUGGGACACAGGAGGACCCGCUGGGUGAGAAAGAGUGGAUUGAGACAAUUAGAGGAGCCCUUAGAGAUAUAACCAACAUUAGCUUCAAACAAAUCGCAACUCAGACACUGUGGAGCAUCAGAAUUGUGGUUCUAGCAAAGCCGGAACACGAGAACCGCUUCUCUCACAUCUUCUCUGAUAGUGUUAAAACUGGAAUAGCCAACGCUCUAGGAAAUAAAGGAGCAGUGGGGGUCUCUUUUAUGUUUAACAGAACCUCCUUUGGAUUUGUCAACAGUCACCUGACCUCAGGAAGUGAAAAGAAACUGAGGCGAAACCAGAACUACGUUAGUAUUCUGCGCUUUCUAAAUCUGGGCGAUAAGAAAGUUAAUCCUUUUGACAUCACACAUCGCUUCACACACCUCUUCUGGCUGGGGGAUCUGAAUUAUAGGGUUGACCUUCCAUCAAACGAAGCAGAGAACAUUGUGAUGAAGAUCAAACAGCAACAGUAUCAGGAGCUGCUGGCUCGAGAUCAGCUGAACAUAGAGAGAGGAGAGGAUAAAGUCUUCUUAGAAUAUGUGGAGGAGGAGAUUACAUUUGCCCCCACUUAUCGUUUUGAGAGAGACACACGGGAGAGAUAUGCCUACACUAAAGCCAAGGCCACAGGGACAAAAUACAACUUGCCCUCGUGGUGUGAUCGUGUGCUUCGCAAGUCCUACCCUUGGGUGCAUGUGGUUUGCAACUCAUAUGGAUGCACCAAUGAUAUCAUGACAAGUGACCACUCGCCUGUAUUUGCCACUUUUGACGUUGGCGUGACCUCUCAGUUUGUUUCAAAGAAUGAUCUUUCAAAGGAUGCUCAGGGUGCUAUUAAAAUCUUGAAUUGUGUGGCUGUCCUUUGUACUAAAUCAAAGACCAAGUUCUUCAUCGAGUAUCACUCAAGCUGCUUGGAGAAGUUUGUGAGGAGUCCUGAUGGUGAAAACCAAGAGAUGAAGGAGGGCUCGAUAAAAGUGCGAUUUGCAGGACAAGUUGAGCUCACACCCAUCAUUGCAGAUCCAGAAUACCUCCUUGAUCAGCACAUCCUCAUCUGCAUUAAAUCCACAGAUUCUGAUGAGUCAUAUGGUGAAGGCUGUGUGGCGCUACGUUCUGCUGAAAGCUCUUACACUGAAUUCAGCAUCAAACUUACACACCAUGGUGAGUGCACAGGCUGGCUAACAGGAGCCAUUCAACUGCCCAAAUCUGAAGGAAAACAGACAGAGAAACUGUAUGAUUUCAUUAAAGUCGGAGAUGACCCAGGAGCUGGAAAAGGAAAAGCAGGAGAUAAUACCAAAAUGUCUUCUUCAGUUCUCGCCACUGAUAUCAGUAACCCUAAUUAUAUGGGUGUAGGCUAUAAGAGCAAUAUCCAGGCCUCUGGCAGCAUUAUUUGCCAAAGAACAGGGGCAUCAAAGGACAUGACACAUGGCAAUAUCUCUCCGAAAAAGACGAGUUAUGAUCAUGCUACAUCCAGUCCAACUGCAAAGACAUCAAACCCUAUACCUGAGGACGGUCAACCCCCAGAGAUGUUUGACAAUCCUCUUUAUGGCUCAAUGAGUGGAUCCAGAGGAGCGAAGGACCAUCACCCUCCUCCAGAUGCUCUCUUCGCCUUUCCCAAACCUACAGACUUUGAUUCAGAUCGUCAGCCUCCAGUCCCGACCCCUCGCUUUCGCUCAUAUACCUGUUCUGAAACCAAACCCCAGUCAUCUUCAUCCACAAACCUGAGCAUGAGCAGCCUGCUGCCCCAGAGCAUUACCAAGAAGCCUGUGGUGCCUUCACGAUCUGAAGGAGGAAUGAUUGGCCCCAACAGACCUCCGGUGCCAGUGAAAUUCCGUCCUGGUCAGACCCAAGAGCCGCAGACAAAGCCAAGAGACUACAGGGACAGUUCAGAGCUCCCGUCCAAGAUACGACCACAGACCAGAGCAGGACAGACCAAAGAUGUGCACUCUGAGACGCCUCCUCUGAAGAUGGGUCGACAGCUAAAGUGAUGCGCCAUUACUGACUACUGACGGGCCACAACAGGAGAGCUUUCACUGCUGAUCUUCAUCUUUGAUACUUGAGACUCUGCACUGGACAAAAACAUAAGCUUCUUAAUCUCAGAAUACUCGAAUGAAUAAGUGCAUAAACAAUGACAACAAACGCAACCUCUAUAUUGAUUUUAGAAUAAUAAUAAAUGCUUCACAGUUUGAAUAGUCAUAAAUUGAGUAAUCCGUAAUCCUCAAUCCGUAACUUCCAUCAUCAUCAUCAUCAUCUGUUUAAAUGUUACAUUGUUCUUGAAAUAUUUUAUUAAAUAGAGAAGAGUAAAAAGUUGUAAUCUUUUAAUUAAACCAAGUGUUGUACAGUCA